AUGACUCCAGUCCCAUCGUUCGAUGGUCUUCCGUUGUGGAAGGAUGGCCCUCCAGGUAAUGCUUGGGGGUUAUUCGGAGACAAUGACCAGUGUGGCAUGCUGAAUCGACUCACGCCGGAGAUUGUGAUUGCUGCGUCACAAGAAAUCAAGACGGGCAUCCGUAUCCCCACUGAUUUGCCCCUCAAUUUCAUGUCAAGGCCCUGCUUCGGACGAGCACCAUUUGAGCACACGAUCAAGAACAAAGCACCCAGAGAAGUCAACGAUGACACGUUGCAUUUUAACACUCAGAGUAGCUCCCAGUGGGAUGGCUUCAGACACUAUGCCUACCAGGAUAGCAGGAAAUACUUCAACGGCCAGACCCUAGAUAAUCUGUUAACCACGGAGGUCAACGGAAUACACUCGUGGGUGGAGAAUGGUGGGGUCGUGGGACGAGGAGUCCUCCUCGACUAUGCAGCAUGGGCAGAAGCAGAAAAUCUCCAGUUUGACCCGUUCUCAACGCAUGCCAUUUCAGCAAAGACUUUGCAGGAGAUUGCAGCCAGCCAGGGCACAGAGCUCAAGCAAGGCGAUAUCCUGUUCAUCCGAUCUGGCUGGGUACGUGCCUAUUCUCAGCUAUCAGAGGCACAAGCCAAGGCUCUUGCAGAUAUCACAUCUCCCCCAGCCGUCGGAAUUGAGUCGUCAGAGCAAACCCUGCGUUGGUUGUGGGAAACGGGCUUUGCAGCGGUUGCCGGCGACAUGCCCAGCAUGGAGGCUUGGCCAUGUCAGAAUACUCAGUUCUUGCUUCACGAAUGGCUGCUGGCAGGCUGGGGAAUGCCAAUUGGUGAACUCUUUGACCUUGAGAGGCUCAGUGAAGAGUGUCGACGACAAGGACGGUGGUCAUUCUUUUUCAGCAGUGUGCCACUCAGGGUACCAGGAGGAGUGGCCAGCCCACCUAACGGGGUGGCAAUUCUGUAG